UUCCUUCAUGGAAUCAACCCUUCACAUGAACUCACCACCAUUCCCUUUUCCUUCUUUUUCUCUCCCUUAAUUUUUUUCAUUAUCUCAUUUUAAUCCUCACAAUUAUCGGAUCACCACAUUAUAACCCAAUUAUUUCUCCAUAUUUCUCUCUUUCAUCCAUUCUUUUUUUCUUCUUCCUACCAUCAUUAUCAUUUCUUGGUAUUUGUUUUCUUGGUAUUCUUUAAUUCAUUUUCACUCAUCCUAAAACACAUUUUUACAUGACCCCAUUUUCUUGUUUUUUUUCAAUAAAGAUAGAUUCUUGUUUUUUUUUUUUGGGGUGUGGCUUUUCUUGUUAUUCUUGAUUGAGCAAGACUAGUUAGCCCUUUUGUUUUUUUGGCUGUUUGGGGUAAUUUGUUUUGAAAUUACAAAAAGUAGCAGAUAUGGAGUCUGAUAAGGAGGGUAAUAAAGGGGGAAGUGCAACACCAAUUGUUGAAUCUGAUUCUGAGGUUGAACAUGAACCAGGUGAGAAAAAUGUUAGUAGACAAAUGAGUGAGAGUUCUCUUUAUACUACUGAGGAUGAGGAAGAAGAUGAAACUAAUAACAAGAUUGAGUUGGGUCCACAAUGCACUCUCAAAGAACAAUUUGAGAAAGAUAAGGAUGAUGAGAGUUUGAGAAGGUGGAAGGAGCAGCUUCUUGGAAGUGUGGAUAUCAAUUCUGUUGGAGAAUCCCUGGAUCCAGACGUGAAGAUCUUGAGCCUUGAAAUCAAGUCCCCUGGUAGACCUGAUAUUGUUCUCCCAAUCCCCGAGGAUGGGAAUCCAAAGAGCCCAUGGUUUACUCUGAAAGAAGGGAGCAAAUACAGCCUAAAAUUCUCGUUUCAGGUCAGCAACAAUAUAGUGACAGGGCUCAAAUACACGAAUACAGUUUGGAAAACUGGUAUCAGAGUGGACAGCACGAAACAAAUGAUUGGGGCCUUCAGUCCUCAGUCGGAGCCUUAUACACAUGAAAUGCCGGAGGAGACUACCCCUUCUGGUAUGUUUGCAAGAGGAUCUUACUCAGCAAGAACAAAGUUCCUUGAUGAUGAUAACAAAUGCUAUUUGGAGAUCAACUACACAUUUGAUAUCAAGAAAGAGUGGCUGGCAACAUAAAUAAAAAUGUUGCUUGAAUCGCAACCUCAGACUAUUCUUGUUUUCAUUCUUCAUAAUUUUUGUCCGUCUUGUCCGAUAGUUUUUUGAGAAGAGGAAAAAUGAGAGUAAGAAAAAAAAAAUCUGCUGCAAUUGAUUAUUCAAUGAUGUGGAGGAGUUAACUUAGAGGUUAGGUUCUUACUUAUUGAGUAUCAUUGAAUAAAGUUGAGCUUUGCCUAUGACUGAUUGGUUUUCUAA